UGGAAACAAGUUCAUUCAGAAAGAAAAAAAUGGCUGAAACAAAUAUCAUUUCUAAAUCUAGAAACGCAAAUUUGUGCUAUUCUGCUUUUCACAAUGUCACUGCUAUGGUUGGAGCUGCAGUUCUUGGCUUCCCUUUUGCUAUGUCUCAGCUUGGAUGGGGUUUAGGCAUAACAAUUUUAAUCCUUUCAUGGAUAUGCACAUUGUACACUGCAUGGCAAAUGAUUGAAAUGCAUGAAGCUGUUGAAGGAAAGAGAUUUGACAAGUAUCAUGAAUUGGGUCAGCAUGCAUUUGGUGAAAGACUUGGUUUGUGGAUUGUGGUGCCUCAACAACUUUUGGUUGAGGUUGGCAUUGAUAUUGUUUAUAUGGUCACUGGUGCUAAAUCACUAAAGAAACUUCAUGAAACUCUUUGUCAUGAUUGUGAGCCUAUUAAGACAACUUACUUCAUUUUCAUGUUUGCUUGUGUUCAAUAUGUUCUUUCAUGUCUUCCUAGUUUCAACUCCAUCUCUAGUGUUUCUCUCGCCGCCGCCGUCAUGUCUCUAAGUUACUCCACAAUGGCUUGGAUAGCUUCAAUUCACAAGGGGACCCUACCAAACAUACAAUAUGGUAGCAGAUAUUCAACCAAAGCAGGAAAUGUGUUUGGCAUAUUUAAUGCUUUGGGUGAUAUAGCUUUUGGUUAUGCUGGCCACAACGUGAUUUUGGAGAUACAAUCAACAAUCCCUUCCACACCUGAAAAGCCCUCCAAAGUUUCCAUGUGGAGAGGCAUGAUCAUUGCUUAUUUAGUUGUUGCUAUGUGUUAUUUUCCUGUUACUAUCUUUGGUUACCGUGCUUUUGGAAACUCUGUUGAUGAUAACAUCCUUUUGUCACUUGAGAAACCACGUUGGCUCAUUGUUGCUGCUAAUAUUUUUGUUUUCGUUCAUGUCGUUGGAAGUUAUCAGGUCUAUGCGGUUCCGGUGUUUGAUAUGUUUGAAUCAUUUCUAGUAAAAAGGAUGAAUUUCAAGCCAACUCGGUUACUUCGAUUCUUGACUCGAAAUUUAUAUAUUUCACUUACCAUGUUCCUUGCAAUUGCAUUUCCUUUCUUUGGUGGGCUUCUAAGCUUUUUUGGUGGAUUUGCCUUUGCUCCAACCACAUAUUUUCUUCCUUGCAUAAUGUGGAUUUUUAUCUUUAAACCAAAGAUAUUUAGCUUGUCUUGGUGUGCAAAUUGGUUUUGCAUCUUAUUUGGAGUGUUGUUGAUGAUUUUAGCUCCUAUUGGGGCGUUGAGGCAAGUCAUACUGCAAGCUAAGGACUACAAAUUUUACUUAUGAUAUUCCAAAUGAGGUUGCAGAAUCACACUUGCCUAUAAUUCCUCAUGAGAUUGGGACAUAUAUUUUUUUUGGUUCAUGCUGUAUUGGCUACUUUUAUUAGCUCUAGUUUUUUUUUUCCUUUCAAAAUCCUAAACUCAUAUGUAAGUUGCAUCAAAACCAUAGGAUAAUUAAAUUUAACCAAUUAUCAUUGCACAAGAAUGGAUUGGAUAGCAUUGUAUUAGAGUUUUAAUUUUCCUUCAUUUUUGUGGUUUACACCUAAUUGACACCAACUUUCCAACAAAUUAAACAAAUGGGAGACCUAAUUAACACUUAGAUCAAAGCAUAGAACAAUUUACAAAUAUGAAUUUAUUUACCACCUAUUUAUCUUGCUAACCUGAUGCAACAAUAAUGAGCCACAACAAACCCAUCAAACACUUUCUCCUUCUUCUAUAUCAUCAUUUGUUGUUCUUGAUUCACACUGAGGUGCUUCGUUUUGUUAUCCUCACCAUCAACUAUCAUGUACAACAAUCAGCAUCCCAAGAUAAUAAAAAAAAAAUACAUUACUACUCUCAAUUAUAUCAAUAGCCUUCUCUGUCUGAAAACAAAGUUAUUAAGUGGAACUUACAAGGAA